UUCAGAUUGUCGUACUAGCUUUAGUCGCCGUGGCGGCGGCAGCGCCAGGAUAUGGCGGUGGUAGCCAAGGUGGACACGGACAAGGCGGCCAGCGUGGAUCUGGCGGCCAAGGCGGCCAUGGUGGAUCCCACCACGGCCAUCAACAAGGUGGAUUCGGCAACCAAGAUGAAGACGGUCAACAACAGGGUGGAUUCGGCAACCAAGAUGAAGACGGCCAACAACAGGGUGGUUUCGGCAACCAAGAUGACGAAGGCCAACAACAGGGAGGAUUCGGCAGCCGAGGUGAAGACGGCCAACAACAAGGCGGAUUCCGCGGACAAGAAAACUCCGAUGACGAUUCGAGGAGAAAAUGAAAAGAUUUUAUAGAUAUAGAACAAUU